AGCAAUCACCACAGCGUCCAAGAAGUAUGCAUGCGCGUUAGUUACGGCAGGUAGGGGCAGCUUGUAGCCAAGUCUACAGCGAAGAGUAGUUUGAGAUGCGCUCUGAAAUAACGCCUCAAGCACUGUCAUGGAAGAGGCCACUCUUUCAAGCAGUGUCGCAGCCGUGUACCAUGAACGGCAAGUUCGAUUUCGCAGGGCGGCUCGUCGCUUUGCCCUUGGUGGCUAGCCUUCUCAUUCGAGCCUCUCGGUUAUACGAGAAGGCCAAGAAUCAUUCGGUCUUUAUUUCCGUACCUAUGACAGCCGUCGAAACGACCGUUAGGAAGACCGUGUUGGUUUGCAGAGCUCUGCUCAUGCCGUUGCUGUCGCGGCAGCUACUGUACGUAGAAGCACUGGCGUCUCGCGUCUUUCAUGAAGUGCAGGAACGCUUGACCGAAGCCUUUUUCCAACCUGACGAGAUCAUCGCCUACGUCAUCCUGAUGGUCGCCCAACUGAUGCUCUGUACCAUAACAAAGAUGGCUGUACUUUGUAGGUGGGUCAUGACUGCAACAGAUCUUCUCAACCGUCUGAUGGAAAUUGUUGCAGCCAUUGUUCGUCUGUUAAAGGCUGGUGUUCACAGUGCCGUGGACGCAGCCGACCACCAUUUCGACACGGAGCCUGAAGGCGAUAUGAACCAGUCUCCGACAGCGUUAGUCUCGGCUGCUUCUGCCCAAGAAUUUGAACUUCAAGGCGUGGACGACUACGCCAUCAUCGAUGAACGCGAAAUCAACGAAGCGCUAAAUGCCAACAACUAAUAGCGUCUUCCUUGAAAUCUGCAUGCGAAGCUUACGAAGAAAGGCGAAUAGUUAUACCGAAUUUCACAGCUCCAUUGAAUUGGAAUGCUCGAUUUCAGAGCGUUACACAAAGGUUGCAAAUGAAAAUGUUAAGUGCGAUUACUGCAUGUAAUAGAGCAGGUAGGAGAGCACUGAACAAGGGACACCAAUUGUGUUCUUUCUCUAUCAGUGGCACGGCAAAGUUCCAUUCCGCUAGAAGAUUCGUGUAAUUGUUUGCACCAGCGUGUGCGCAAGCAGCUCUUGCCUUAAGCUGACUUUCGUGUUUAUUUGGUAUGACAAAUGGAGACUUUACUGAUUGCUUCUGAGAAUCCACCUGUGGACAUACAGUUUCGUGUAAGGAUUUGUGUUGCAUGCACGUUGCGCUGCCAACGCGUACAAGCAGCCUCAGCAAAUAAAUCUUAUUUUCCGGCCUCAAUAAAGAUACAGUGAAAAUACUAAA